UUUUUUUCCCAUCAUUCAAUAUUUCGCGGGAAAUCUAAUGUGUUAGAGGUGAACAGCUGUGUUGUAGCGGGGAAACAUUUUUGUUCAAAUCUCUGACAAAAUGCUUCAAGUCUUGGGAACAAAACUCGGAUUAACAAGUGUUUCAGUCCUCAAAUAUGCCAAUGAAAUCUGUCGCAAGAUGGAAAGCGGUCCAAAUGUAAUUUCUUUGUCAGCUCUUCGAUUAAGCCAGUCUUGUAAAUGUGUCAUAGCUUUGGAUCUGGCAGCCAACAAACUUGGAUGUCAUCUUAAAGAAUCGGACAAGUCGAUGGCCAUAAAACUGUCAGGCUUGAAUAAAAAGGCAUAUUUAAAUUCUUUCAAAGCUGUUGAAAGUUUGUUGGGAGAACAACAAAAAUCCUCCAUUCGAGAACUUUGCGUACAGUUUGGGUGUACAGACAUCGCUGAUGUGGCUCAGGAAACACUCAACAGGUACCAGUCAGAAAUAGUAAAGAAUGGUUGUGCUGACGUUGACUACAGAUCAACACUUUUCUUGGCUGCUGCAGUUGAAGCUGCUUGUCUAAAAUAUAAAUAUAAAAUUGACCGACUUAAAUUGCGAGAGACUUGCAGUGUUAAGAAAACUGUUUUUCUCCGACUUGUUGAACAGCUUGCAAAAUAUGCAGAGGAUAUAAAAAGUGAAGAAAAAGUAGUUGUGCGGAAGAAACAUCGUAAUUUUAUUGAAGAAAUUGAUGCAAAAUCCAGAGAAUUUGAACCAACUUCUAAGAAAGCAUUGAUUGAAACUAAAGAACCAGCUCUUAAUUAUGAAGAAUGGAAGCGAAAAAUUUUAGAAACAGCAACAAAAGCAGAAAGUGAGGACUGAAUGAAUUAUCAGCAUCAUUUAACAUCUAUGUUCCAUGGAUGUCUUUAAUACUGUUCUAAUUAUUCUUCCUGUCAUAUCAGCACACUCCAUAUUCUUUGAACUCUCCACUGCAGUUCUUCACCAUUUUUGAGUUGGAAAGAUUUCCUGUGUAACGAUGGAAAACAAGGCUUAGCCAGCUUCUUCUUCUCGGUUGACCUCAGUAUCAAUUGUAAACUGUUUCACUAUGUCCCUCCACUUGCAGACAAAAGGAAUUCAUUAUUUUAAUUGUUGCUGCCUAAAUUAAAAUUACAAUCUUCUCUUUGUUGAGAAAUGUUUUUUUUUUUCUUCCUCCCACCAAUGAAAAAUUAAAGUUAUGGAAUUUCCAAUGAAACUUCAAUUGAAUGCAAAAGGUUUUAUGCAAACUUCUUGAAUAUUGUUUGAAAAAUGUAAUGAAAUCUGCAAUGUCAUUGGGAUUAGGUUCUUAGCUGUCGUUGACAACAGUUCAUCGGUCAAUCGUUGGUUCACCUACUCCAUUUUCUUCUUCAGAAGGGUUGAUGUCUUCUUAUACACACCUGAAGAAUGAGUUGUUACAUGUGA